UGUUGGCAACGUGGCCUCGGCCAUUUUGACGUUUGACCUAACAUAUCCGUCAAAACAAACGGCCCCAGCCUGGAUCUCGUGCGAAAGUUUGAGUGGUUGGCCUGAGAAAAUGUCUAUCGAGUACCUGCAGGUGGCUGAAGAUGAGGGCGAGGAGCCUAUCGAGUUGCCCACCGAAGACGACGGCACGUUACUCAUUAGCACGCUGUCGGCCCAAUUCCCGGGCGCCUCGGGUCUCAAAUACAGAAACCCCGAAAAUAAGGCUGCCAGGGGAGUGAGGCUGAGCGACGGGCGGUUGCACCCGCCCCCCGACGGGGGCUGGGGAUCGAAUAUUUACUACUGCGUUUUCCCUAAAGAAAAUAAACGUAAAAGCGACGACAACUUGGAAAAUUCGACAGCCAAAACGAAACGGAUCGAAACGAAACUCCGUUGCACCGAUCUUAUAGUGUUAGGCCUUCCGUGGAAGACGACAGAACAAAACUUGCGAGAGUACUUUGAAUCAUUUGGUGAGGUGCUAAUGGCGCAAGUUAAAAAAGACCCGAAAACGGGCCAAUCCAAAGGAUUUGGUUUUAUUCGGUUCGCAUCUUACGAGUCUCAGAUGAGAGUUUUAGCACAGAGACACAUGAUCGAUGGCAGAUGGUGCGACGUCAAAGUACCGAAUUCGAAAGAAGGUUAUGUGCAGCAAGUACCUUGCAAAGUCUUUAUUGGGCGGUGCACGGAAGACAUAACCGUCGACGAUUUGAGGGAAUAUUUUGGCAAAUUUGGAGAAGUGACCGACGUUUUUAUUCCUAAACCCUUUCGCGCUUUUAGUUUUGUAACGUUUCUGGACCCUGAAGUGGCGCAGAGCCUCUGCGGGGAGGAUCACAUAAUCAAAGGCGUUUCUGUGCACGUGUCGAAUGCCGCUCCUAAGCAGGAUAACCGUCUGAAGCAAUCGGGAUAUGAUUCGCGUAAUGGAUAUGAAGGUAGAGGUGGCGGGUAUAACCGAAACAGUGGGAUGGGAGGGUCUGGGAUGGACGGAUCGGGAACGUAUGCUUCCCAAAGGUAUAACGGGCCGCCGGGCUUGCCAGGGCCCAGUCAAGGAAACUGGGGCAACCAGGGCGGUUCGAGGGGCAGUCUCGAAAUGCCAAACCUACAAACUUUAGGUAUUUCGGGGCAAGGCCAACCAAAUAACAAUCAAGGCAGCUGCAACCCCAUGGGUUUGGGCUUGAAUUUGGGCGGGCUACCUGUCAAUCCUGCUCUGGUGGCGGCCGCCUUGAACCAAGCGAGCUGGGGCCUCAUUAACAAUCUACAGAACCAAUCCGAGCCCAAUUUCAACCAGAAUUUCAGCAACGGACCGCCGGGCAACAAUAACGGCAACGGCGGUCUCGGCAAUAGGGGGAAUCCCAACGGGGGCGGCAGCGGGCAGGGUCCCGGAUUUUUGAACUGGAUGCCUCAGGGAACGGGCGGCGCCAGUCAGGACGGCGGUCAGUGGCCGGCCAGGCCCAAACACGAGAAGAACUUUGCGCAGUAUGAGUCUGGCUUUUAAUGUGUUCACGGGCUUUCGUCUAUCAUUUAAUUGCGCUUGCUUAGCACUUGUCAAAAGGAUGUGGGAAGAGUAUCUAGAAAAAGGUGAAAAAUUUUGUUGUAUAUAGUUUUAGUUUUGUUAUGAAAAAUGGUCGGAUCCCGAGCAAAUCCGAAACGAUUAUUUAAUCAAAUUAUUGCCACUGCUGUUGUCUCGAUUGGUUCGCGUCCGACCAAUUUUGUAUAAGAUGUAUUUAUAUUUUAUGAGUGUUCUAGAUUAAAGGGAAUUUGGAAGAAUGGAGGUAGUUGUAUGUUAGUGGUUUGGUAAAUAUUUAGGUUUUCUUAGGUGUAUAUGUCAAGAAUCGUAGUAAUUCGUUGAAAAAUUAUACGCGAAAGAUUGAUUGAAACGUGAUUCUUUCCCUAUUCAAAUUGUGACGUUUGUGAAUGGCGUUUUGUGUGGGCUGUACAGCAAUUCUGCAAGGCUCUAUAUCUUGGUACGUAUGUUGACUCCAGCCAAAGACACUAAACCACAGGAGGAAGGGAUCCAACACUUCACUUUCAGGAAUAAUUUAACCCGCUUACCUGGCAACACAUUUUUCUAGAUUUCUAAGGUUUCCCUUGAAGCUGAAUUUCAGUUGUCGGGUUUUUAGACGGUUUUUCUAAUUUACGUUUUGCUUAACUUGUCACCGCCGAACCAGUCUUGUUUAUUGUCAAUAUUACUUGUGUAUUCUGUGGUUCCGGCUGAUUGGACAUCCUUAAUACUGUGGUUAAGUGACUUUUAUCCCUACCAAUUGAUGGUCAAAACUUGCUUUUGUGUGCCGUUUUGAAGUAUUUUCUAGUUUAUUAAAUCGUUAAAAAGUUGAAAAAAUAUGUUGCCAUCAAUUGGUUUGCCUUCGCAAAUCUUGUUUGAAAGUAAUUUUUCUUUCGUUUCGGUGUGGAAAGUCGAAGAAUUUGUUUAAGGAAACCUUUACCUCUUUGUUGUAUUUAGGCAGCGAAUAAGAGAGAGAGAUAAAAGAAGGGGGAAAGGAGAAAAGAAAACGCCACCCAAUUUAACGAAUGAAGAUUUAUAUUAAUAAAG